AUGAAAAUGUUACAAGAGCCUUGUGCAGCAACUUUGGCUUACAUUAGUUGUUUACAAAGAGGCGCUUUGGCUCUCACUCUAACUCUAGCUCUCACUCUAACUCUUGUUUACUCACUUGAAUUUUUGAUGGUUGGCAAAGAUGUCAAGUCUGCCAACAUAUUUUUAGAUGAGCACUAUACUGCAAAAAUUGCCGACUUUGGAGCAUCAAGGUUGAUUCCUUUGGACAUGAAAGAAUUAGCCACGGUUGUACUGGAAACAAAAGGAUACUUGAAUCCAAAGUACUUCAAUACCAUCCAACUGACAGAGAAGAGCGAUGUAUAUAGCUUUGGUGUGGUUCUCGUAGAACUCCUGACAUCAAAAAAGCCCAUUUUUUCAGACGGGUCUGAAGGCUCUGGACCUCAUAGAAAUCUUGUUGCGCAUUUCAUUUUGUUGAUGGAAGAAGACAAUCUGUUCGAACUUGUUGAGGAUCGAGUAGUAAAUGAAGGUCCAUUGGAACAAAUAGUUGCAGUUUCCGAGCUUGCCAGGAGAUGCCUUAAGUUGAAGGUGCCGAAAGUCCAACAAGGAGACAGAUAA